ACUUUCUAGAAGCUAAUUCAAUACUUGUAAGAAUUGUAAACUCUGCCCCUCUGAUGAGCAAUAUUUCACAGUUGCUAAUGGAACAAAUGGACUCUGCCGCAUCUGUCCUUGAGGUCUAUCAAAAGUUGCUCCCCUACAUCACAGCUACAAUUUCCAAUGAAAACUUCAACCAAAGCUCUUAUGCCUUGCAACUUCUAAGCAAUUUAGUUUUGGAAACUUACUCACAUUGGGAUAUUUCACCUGAAAGUCAGCGAGCAUUGAUAAACAGGGUCAUCCAAGUCCUAAAUGAGCUGCUGCCAGAAAACAAUCGGACAGCUAUAAAUAAUGUGCAUGCAUUCAGUAAUGCUUUCUUGGAGUUCCUAGCGAUUGACACUAAUGGAAAGGUUAACCUCACUGAAAUCAGAAAUGCGACACUGAACUUGAUGAAAGUGCUUGAAGAGUUUCUUGGUAAAAUUCAAGUGCCCAGUCCUAUUAGGAAGAUUGCAGCUGAUGUUUCUAAAUCCGUCAAACUGCUUUUAAAACAGGCUGAGGAGUCAGGAGGAGCAGUUGACUACACAAGAAUGGCAGAGCUAUGUCAGUUUGAUUGGGUCAGUAACAUAGUAGGGCACGGAUAUAGUGGAGCUCUCUUUCAAUUAAAGAUGCUGAAUCACUUUUCAGAGAAAAUGUAUUUUGUUAAUGAUGCCAUGUGUGCACAGAAGAAUUGUAGACAGAAUUUUACAGGACACUUAAUCCACGCUUUAAUGGAACUGUGUAAUUUCACUACUGAUUUCAAACAGAUUUCAGAAGAAACAUUCACUUUCCCACCCCAGAAAGACUGUGUGGGAUAUUUUAAUAGCGUCACGCAAGCACAAGUUGCUAUGAAUCAGACAAUGCAAGCAGUUGAUUAUGCAGUGAAGAACUACCACUGCAAUUGUGAGUUGACUUCAAUACUGAGUGAGCAACUAUAUGAAAGGUGUGAAUUUGCUGCAGCAACAUUUUUUCCAAAUAAUUCCUUUGUGACUAUAUUUGAGAACAUUGGAACAUUUCAAGGUUUACCAAUAGAGAACUGUGUACAAAACAUCACAGCUUUGAAAGUGCAGUUGCAGCAGAUCAACAACCUCUCACCUGAAGUCAUUGAUUUAUUAUUGAAGGCAAACAUGACUUUCUUAAAGUUAAUUCAAGGUCUUAUUACCACAGUAGACAGGUGUGAUGAGGCAAGCCUGGCUCAAAUGCUGUCACUUUCAGACAACAUAAAUGUUUCAUCUGUGACUCCUGAACUAUGUUCCUUGACUCCUUGGCAAAGUUAUAGUCUUAUUGUAAAAAUCAGUCAGAACAUCGACUUCAGAUGCAUCACUUACAAGGCACUUCUACCAAUGAUAAUCCCCACUCAUGUAAAUCAGAUGAUGCAGAGUAUCCUGGAUGUGUUCUCUGGACUCAGUUCUUUCACCCAUAAAUCAGUGCAACUUUUGAAGACCAUUCCCAAACUUUUGGAUAUCAUCCGGGACAUAAAUCUUCCAUCUAUUUUUGAAUUCAAUGAGAAUGUUCAAGGAAGAUCUGUGAGAAUGUCAGCGAGUUCCUCUUUCCAAACUCUCUCCCAAGCAAUUUGUAAAACAAAAUCAUCCAGCUUAUUCGGUGGUGGCAUGAUGUUCUCAGAGUUACCCCAAAUUGAAGAAUUCACUGAGGAAGAUUUAAUCAAAUACAACAUUCCUACAAAUACCACUCCCUACUGCUUGGGCUUUUAUCAGGAUAUUUUAAAAGCACCUAAUGGGCCUUUGCUGUGGACUUUUCUGAAACCAUUGCUACUUGGUGAAAUCCUGUAUGCUCCAAGCAUGGCAGGGAUCCAGGGACUGAUGGAGAAGGCCAACAGAACAUUCAGUACAGUUGACGAGUUAAGGAUUUAUUCUGAAGUCUGGCUGAAAUCCUCAAAACUUCUGCAAACUAACGAAAAUCAGAUGUUAAGUCAACUUCAGGAGGCUUUACAGAACAAUUUUAUACGCAGUUUCGUUCAGACUCAACUGGAUCUUGACGUUGAUCUACUUUUGGAAAAUUUAAUACAAUACGAAACGACAAUCAACCAGACAAUGAAUGAUCCAGUUAUACAACAGAUCACUGUCCUCUCACAGAUGAUGGUGAAUAUCUCAUCCUGCAUGUUACUAGACCGCUUCAAACAUCUGGAAUCUAAAGAGGAGCUGGAGCAGAGAGUACAAGAGCUAAUGGAGAAAAACACAUUCCUAGCGAGUGUAUUGUUCGACGUUGAUACUAACAACACCUCGAAAAAGACACGAUCAUUGUCUUCCACACUUCUAUCUAAAGUGAGCUACACUAUCAGAACAAACAUUCUCCACAGUAUGCCAACAGAUCGACUGGAAAAUCCCAAGUGGGAAUCUCAGCCCCAAAAAUUGCCAACAGACAGUUUCCAUUACAAUCGUAUCUUUGUUCCGUUGCAAGAUAUGAUUGAGCGAGCAUUCAUUGAACUACAAGUUGGUCAAGAUGUCCCAAACCCUGCAGUACAGGUGCAAGCAAUGCCAUUUCCCUGCCACAUCAAUGAUCAGUUUCUCAACAACACUGGCUUCUUUUUUCCAUUAUUAAUGAUGCUGGCAUGGCUGAUUUCUGUGGCUUCCAUGGUGCGCAAACUUGUAUUUGAGAAAGAACUUCGACUGGAAGAGUACACCAAGAUGCUAGGAGUGAAGCCUAUAGUUCAUUUUUUGGUCUGGUUUCUGGACAACUUCAUUCUCUUGGUUCUGAGCAGUGCCUUCAUCACCAUUAUCUUAAAAGCCAGCGAAAUUCUUCCAGCCAGUAAUGGAUUCAUUGUCUUCCUCUACCUUUUGGAUUUUGGAGUAUCUGUUAUUGCAAUGAGCUACCUGCUUACUACCUUUUUCAGCCAUGCUAAUACAGCAGCUCUCAGUGCCUGCCUACUCUACAUCAUUACCUUCUUUCCCUAUAUGGUCCUUGUGGCUAUACAGAGCCAGCUCAGCUUCUCCAGCCAGAUUCUAAUUUGCCUCCUGUGUCCGACUGCAUUCAGCCAGGGAGCAUAUAUUAUCACUCUUUUUGAGGGGUAUGGAACAGGAGUCCAGUGGAGUAACAUGUAUGAAACCCUUGGGGAUGGGGACAAUGUGUCUUUUGCUUGGAUUUGUUGGAUGAUGAUCAUUGAUUCGGCAAUAUACCUCAUAUUAGGCUGGUAUCUACACAAUCUCUUCCCUGGUAAAUAUGGAACUCGGAAGCCUUGGUAUUUCCCAUUUACAGAUUUGUAUUGGAAAAAUCUGUGUGAUUGUGCCAAACGGGUUGACAGAAAGAUAGGAGAAGGCUAUUGGGCCCAAAAUCUGAGCCACUACAACGAGCAAAUGAAUGUGAAAGGAGAACCCUUUGCUUCUAUGAACUUACCUGGGAAAGAAAUGGCACCUCCUAAUUUGAAGAUUGGAGUUGCUUUAAGAUCACUCACCAAAGAGUUUAAGCAGGGAAAAAAAGUAGCUAUUAAAGACUUGAACUUUGAUUUCUACAAAGGAGAAAUUACAGCAUUGUUAGGACCCAAUGGAGCAGGCAAGACAACAACUAUGUCAAUGCUAACUGGCUUGCAUCAGCCCAGCUCUGGGGCUGUUUAUAUUAAUGGAAGGAAUAUGCAUCAAGAGAUGUCAGUCAUUAGGGAAGAGUUGGGAGUGUGCCUACAACAUGAUGUUCUGUUUGAGAGCUUAACAGCACGUGAACAUCUCUUGCUAUAUGGGAUAAUAAAAGCACCGCAGUGGACACACAAACAACUGCUGCAGGAAGUGAAAAUGGCCCUUGAGAACAUAGGGAUUGGUCAACACCAGCACAAUCUUGUUGGAGCUUUGUCUGGCGGAACAAAGAGAAAACUCUCAUUGGCAAUUUCAUUUAUUGGAGGUUCCUCUACUGUCAUUUUGGAUGAACCCACCAGUGGUGUUGAUCCUUGUUCUCGACGUAACAUCUGGGAUAUUAUAUUGAAAAACAGAGCAGGUCGAACUAUCAUUUUCACUACUCACCAUUUGGAUGAAGCGGACAUCCUGAGUGAUCGAAUUGCCAUCCUUGAAAAUGGCCAAUUGAAUUGCUCUGGUUCUCCUGCCUUCUUAAAGGAACAGUAUGGACAGGGCUACAACCUCAUUAUCUCAAAAAAGCCCUCCAUAGUAGGAUCUGAUGAAUUAUGUGAUGUUGACCUUGUAACCUCCCUGGUGAAGCAGCACAUUCCCCUGUCCUUUUUGAAGCAAGAUUCCUUUGGAGAGCUGAUAUAUAAUAUUCCAACAAUUGAAGAUAAAACUGCUUAUGAAAGGUUGCUUCAAGAUCUGGACAAAGAUAUGGAAAAGCUGUACUUAAGCAGCUACAGUAUCUCUGAUACCACACUGGAGGAGGUGUUUCUGAAGUUGCUUCAGAGUGAACAAAGCCCUGCAUCUUAUGAAGGCCAGGAUUCAGAGUCUCUAAAGUCUGAGAGCAUUGAAUCAACUCACAGUGACAAUGCAGCCCUUGCUGGAGCGCAGCGAGUAACUGGAUGGCGACUGAUUUUUAAACAGAUGGCAGCUCUGAUAAUUAAACGCUUCCACCAUACAAGGAGGGAUUGGAAAGGGGCCAUUGCCAGCAUGCUGCUUCCUGUUUUGUUUGUCAUUCUAGCAAUGGUUCUUUUCAGUGUAAAACCUUUAACUGCUGAAUAUCCCUCACUCAAGCUGUCUCCAGAUAUAUAUCAAGAUUCGGAUGUCUCAUUCUUCAGUUCUGGUGAGAAUGAUUUUCUAAAUCUGACCUCCGUGUUGCUGAAGUCCAUGAAAAUACAUGAACCUUGUGUUGGCCAAGCCUCCAAUCAUACUCCAUGCUGGUGGAACAGUGCUUCAGAACCACAGAAUUUUGUGGGCCAAUGUAAUUGUGAUAAUGGCUAUCAGCAAUGUCCUGCACCAAGUGCUACAGUGUCCUACUACAGAAAUAGUGAGGGAGACACCCUGUACAACCUCACCGGUUACAAUCUGGAAGACUAUUUAAUAUCAACAGAAAACAUAUUUGGACAAAAAAGAUUAGGAGGAUGGUCAAUUGGACUUGAGCUGCCUGAUGAUCUCAAGGAAAACAAUUUCACUCAAUUGGGAAUUAACUCUUUACUGAAGGUAUGGUACAAUCAAAAGAGCCAUCACUCAGAACCAGCUUACCUGAACCAGCUCAAUAACCUCAUCCUCUGGGCCAACCUACCACCAGGCACUGACUGGACACAAUACGGAAUUACAGUAUACAGUCAUCCUUAUCGAGGAUCUCUUCCGGAUGGUGACAAAAUUAUGGAGAAUCUACGUCAGUGUGGAGUGGCAUUCUGUAUUCUUCUGGGGUUUUCUGUUCUAACAGCAAGUAUUGGUGGACACAUUGUACAAGACAGAGUUACUGGGCAGAAAAGAUUACAACAUAUCUCUGGUCUAGGCUACAGAGUAUACUGGAUCACAAACUUCCUGUAUGAUAUGGUCCAUUAUCUGGUCCCAGUGGCUUUGUGCAUUUGUGUCUUUGCUGCUUUCCAGUUUUCAGCAUUCACUUAUAAUCAGAACCUAGGAGCUACAGCCCUGCUGCUGAUCUUAUUUGGAUUUGCCACCAUACCCUGGAUGUAUCUGCUGUCAAGGUUCUUCUCCAGUCCAGAUGCAGCUUUUAUCACAUAUGUUGCAAUUAACUUAGUGCUGGGUCUCUGCACUAUCCUGGCAGUCUAUCUUCCUCGUUUUCUCGCACUAUUAUCCAGCAAAGUGCAACUAUUGAAAGUUUACAGUGUACUUCGCUGGGUCUUCAUCAUUUUCCCACAGUUCUGCCUGUCCUUUGGGUUGAUAGAACUAUCCUACAAUCAGUUAAAAUUUGACCUCACCCAGGGUUUUGGAGUUAACUCCUAUGUGAGUCCAUUUGAGAUGGACUUCCUUGGCUGGGUCUUUGUGGCGAUAACCCUCGAGGGAUGCCUCUUCAUCACAAUUCGUCUCCUAUUCCAAGGAAAUUUGCUACACAAGCUCAGCUACAAGGAUCUCCUGCAUGAUACAACCGGUGACGAGGAUAAUGAUGUGAGAGAAGAACGUGAACGGGUUUUGAAUGGAGGAGCAAACAAUGACAUUUUACAGAUUCACAACCUAAAGAAAUGCUUCCAGAUCUUAAACAAGAAAGUUAGUGCUGUAAAAGGAGUCACUGUAGGGAUACCUACAGGAGAGUGUUUUGGACUCCUUGGUGUGAAUGGGGCUGGGAAAACCACGACAUUCAAGAUGCUGACGGGAGACAUAGGACCAUCUUCAGGACAUGCAAUUAUCAGGACCGCUUCAGGGUCUGAACAAGACAUCAUAAAUGCGGAUAUUGAUGGGACUCUGAUUGGAUACUGUCCCCAGUAUGAUGCCCUGGAUGAUCUCUUGACUGGUUGGGAGCACAUGUACUACUAUUCCAGAAUCCGUGGAAUGCCCGAAGAGAUGAUCAAGAAACAUAUUCAUGAUCUUGCUCAUCGCUUGUCCCUGACCUCACAUGUCAAUAAAUUAGUGAAAACAUUCAGUGGCGGCACAAAGAGAAAACUCUCUACAAUUCUGGCGUUGAUUGGCAGACCUCAAGUACUUUUACUGGAUGAGCCGAGUUCAGGAAUGGAUCCUGAAUCCAAACGUUAUCUCUGGAAGGCAAUCAUGAGUGAAGUGGAGGCUGGGUGUGCUGCAGUCCUGACAUCACACAGUAUGGAGGAAUGUGAAGCCUUGUGUACAAGACUUGCCAUUAUGGUAAAUGGGAAAUUAAAAUGUAUUGGUUCUCCUAAGCAUAUAAAAAGCAGGUUUGGUGAGGUUUAUUCAGUUAAAGUAGGCCUCAGCCAAAAAUCAACUGAUUCAGUACAGCUCACAGUGCUGCUGGAGACACACUUCCCAGGCACAAUCUUAAAGGAACAACAUCACUGUUCUCUGGAGUAUCAGGUGCCACAGAAAAAAGGAGAUUUAGCAAAGAUGUUCCAGUUUCUUGAGAACAAUAAAGAGGAACUCAACAUCAAACACUAUUCCAUUAGCCAAGCUACUCUAGACCAGGUGUUUAUUAAUUUUGCUCGUCAGUUGGAUCAAACAGCUGUAGAAAACAACAGAACAAACCCAUCUGUGUAGCUCACUGGAGAACUGUACAUGGAAGUACAAACAAUACUGAGCUAAUGAUGAAAUACAUGCUCAACAGUUUUUUUUAAAAAAAAAUCAUGUGUGGCUUAGAUCUCAGGUUUUGGUGAGAGUUAAGUACCUCAGAUUAGAAAUAUGUGAAUGAAUUUUGAAGAUAUUCCUGUUUUUGUAUAUUCCUUCAUUUAGUUCAAAUUACAUUUAUGUGAAAUCAAUUUUGCAGCCGCUUAACGUUUCAAAAUACUGGAUUUAUUAAUAUUGAUUUUUUAUUUACUUUUAUUGUAAAUUUUCCAUUAGUAUGUCUUAAAACAUUAUAUUCUGAUUGAAUGCUAUGAUUGAUAUGUAAGAAAUCUACUAUUUCAAAGUUAGGAAAAAUCACAGUAAAGAAUAGGGUGAUACUCCAAACAAUGUAACGUCUGAGAAAUAGAUAUCAAAAGCACAAGACUUGGUGAUUUAAUAUUUGUAAAACUGCAGAUUUGAAAAUUAACUGAUUUGUAUUUUCUUUAAAAUCCAUCACAAUUCUACUUAUUUGACUAAACAGGAAUCACUUUUGGAAAGUUUUUAUUCUGAGUGCAAUCAGCCUAAAGAAAAUUAAACAAAUGUUAUUGACAGCUUUUUUAAUUCCACUUCAUGUAAAUUGUUUCUCAAUUUGUGUAAUAUGCACUGGAAGUUGAUGUGAUCAGGAUAUCAAAGAGGCAAAUACGAUGCAAACCAUUUUAUUCAGCAAUAUAUAGUGUAUGUAAAAUAAUCUAUUUUCCUUAGCUUCACUAAAUAAAACUGGUACUGUAUGGCUGGUUUAAAGGUGAAAUCAGAUUAUGAUUUGUUGUUGUCAGGUUCAUGUUCUGUGGGUGAAGCUGAACAUUUCCAGUUCUGAAGAUAAAUUCCAAUAUAUAUUGAGCUGAAAUAUUUGAAAAUUGCACUAAAUAAGACCCUUGAUAUAACAUUUAUAUAACUGAGUUCAAUAUUCUGACAUAUUGCUCAACUUGCACUUAUGUGAUACCGAGCCCCAGUUGCCACAAUUCUUUCUCAUGGUGAGCUUGAGCAUUUUAAUAAGUCACAUUGCAUUGGGUGACCUGAAGUGUUCUUGAGAAAGCUUCAUGUGACAUUACUUAUAAUUUUAACAUGGUCAUUUACUAUAAACUAUUCUACCAAUCAAGUUGAUCUCUUUUUUUUUUGAAAAUGAAUAUUUUAAGCCAUAUAAUUGUAUACGUAUUUGCAGCCAGCUCCCUAGUACUUCUGCACGCAAUUCUUUUGAAGAUUAUACAAUAUAGGCAGAUCACUUAGAAAAAAAUUUGAAAUCAACCUCUUUGAAUCUUAAAUAAAUGUUUAACUAUUAGUGCCUAUCCACUCCAAGUUAAAUGUAACAUGCUGCUUUUUUAGAGAAACAAAUAACAGAGACAGGCAAAUUAUCACUUUAGCUGAUAUCUAACCUGUUUGACAAGGGAGAAGAGAUACUAAUGUGACCAGAAGACGUUACAUUGACAAGAUAUUUCCCCAUCAAUUAUAGGGUAUGUAUAGAUGGUUAAAGUACUCCCGCAUAUUUAAGAUUCUGAAUAUCAUCAACAUAGUAAAUAUAAAUAAUUAAAUUUUAGAGUAAGCUUAAAUUAAUAUGUUUAAAUAGUUUCAGAUUGUUUUACACAUAGUUAUCUUAAUCUAAGUGUCAGACCUAUUUAAUUAAUUUUCUUCUACAUUGCUUACUUGUUAUUGAACUAAUCUCAGAAACCUCCUCAAACCAAUUUAAUCAAAUAAACUGCUCUAUUUUUGCAAUUUC